AUGUCACAAGAAACAUCCCUUGCCCCUACCGUGGCAGAUUCCUUUCUGGAGGCCCUGGCUGAGGCCGGCGUCGACUACCUCUUCACCGUUCUGGGCUCCGACCACCCCAGCAUCAUUGAGGCCUACGUGCGCCGCCAAAAUGACCCCGCCCGCCAGUAUCCCAAGAUGAUUCUGUUCCAACACGAGUUCGUGGCCAUGUCCGCCGCCGAUGGCUACGCGCGGAUCAGCCAUAAACCGGCGUGUGUGAUCGCCCACGUGGACGUGGGGACUGCAGCGCUCGGCCAGGGCCUGCACAAUGCAUCCAGCGGACGGGCCCCAGUGGUGAUUUUCGCAGGCGUUGCCCCCUCCACCCUGCACGGCGAGGCGCCGGGCUCACGCUCAGAGCAUGUCCAGUGGUACCAGGACAUCCGCGACCAGGCCGCCCUGGUGGCCCCCUACAGCCGCUUCAGCGCCGAGAUCAAGUCCCCCCACAACGUCGGGAGCGUGGUUCAUCGCGCCGUGCUCAUGGCUACCACUGGUUCCCCAGGCCCCGUGUACCUCACGGCCACCCGGGAGAUCCUGGCGACCCCGGUCCCCGAGCUGCAGCCCCGGCCCAAGCCCGUUCCAUCCUGCCAUCUAGGCUCGCUGUCCUCUGAGGCAGUGGAGUUCCUUGCAAACGCGCUUCUAGACGCGAAAGCCCCGCUCGUCGUCACAGGUUAUCUCGGACGGAACCACCACGCCGUCCAGGAGCUCAUUACCCUCGCCGACACCAUUCCCGGACUACGGGUCUUCGACUCUGAGCUCCGCGAGGUCUGCUUCCCCGCGACUCACACCGCGUGCGUGACCCGGGGGACUGGCGCCGCGCCGGCCGUGCAGUCGGCGGACGUGAUCCUGGUCCUCGAUGCCGACGUGCCCUGGAUCCCGAGACGGGUGCGUCCGUCUCCGACGGCAGAGAUCUACCACAUCGAUCUGGACCCGCGCAAGGAGCGUAUGAACCUGUUCGACAUCGGUGCCUCAGCCACCUACCACGCCGACACCAGCGCCGCGCUGACCCAGCUGAACGCAUACAUCAGCGGUUCACCCCGUCUCGCAUCCCUCCAGAGCAGUCCCACCUGGACCUCUCGCGGCGAGGAGCUCCGUAAAUCCCACGCCGACGGCCGAGCGCGCAUCGACGCCCGCGCCGCUGCUCUCCUCAAGACGCCCUCCGCGCCCUGCAGCGUCGACUUCCUCUGCAGCCGGAUCCGCGCGCUCGUGCCGUCCGAUAGCAUCUUCGUCACCGACUCCGUGACUAACCAAGUCGCUAUGACGGAGCAGCUGCAGCUCACGCGCCCGGGCUCGCAUCUCACCAAGGGCGGAAGCGGACUGGGAUGGGCCGGCGGAGCCUCUAUCGGCGUGAAGCUCGCCACGACGCGGUACGACCUCUCCGAUCGGCCGAAUACUCAAGCGAACAAGUCCUCGACGAGCCCGUUCUUGUGCAGCAUUACGGGCGAUGGAAGCUUUGUCUUCUCUGUCCCGACGGCGGUGUACUGGGCUAGUCAUCGCUACGGAUGUGCGUUCCUCACGGUGAUUCUGAAUAACGGGGGCUGGAAUGCCACCAGGCAGUGCCUUGCGGAUGUGCAUCCCACCGGUGCAGCGGCGGGCUUGACGAACCGGGACUUGGGCAUUUCGUUGGUCGAGGACGGGCCGAAUUACGGCGAGAUUGCGAAGGCGGCCGCGAAUGGCAAUCUGUGGACGAAGCGGGUGGUGAGCGCGGGGGACCUGGAUGAGGCUCUUCGCGAGGGUAUUAGAGUUGUUGCGGAGGACAAUAUUUCCGCCGUGUUGGAUGUGAUUAUUGGGUAA